AUGAAUAAGAAAUUAUGAAUUUCUUUUUGCUAUAGAUCUCAACUCUUCAGAGACAGAUCCACUCUGAGGAGUCAGAUUUGCAAAAUCAGGAGGAAGAGCUUAGCCGAGCAAAGGCUGACUUGGACCAUCUACACCAGGAGGAAAGACAACUGGAACAGAGCCUGGCUGCUGGCAAGAUUCAACUGGAAACCAUCAUCAUUUCACUGAAGUCGACUCAGGACGAAAUCAACCAAGCUCGCGGGAAGUUAUCCCAGAUUCAGGACUGUCAGCAGGAGAUGUCUAAAGGAAUAGAGCAGUUCAGCAGCACCUUAAAUGGUACCAAUGGAGGCAGUAUGACAAAUCUGGCCGACAUGAGCGAAGGCUUCAAUGACAAAGAGAGCGGAGGCUUUUCAGCUGCCGGGAAGGGAAGACAGGAAGAUAUAUUCAAAGUUAAGUCAUCAGUGUUCUACAAUCAGCCUCAAGACCUUCAGUCGGACCUUUUCAACUCUGAAGACCCAUUUAAAACAGACCCAUUCAAAGGUGACCCAUUUGAAAGUGACCCAUUUGGAAAGGCACCAUCUACAUCGAUAGAUCCCUUUGAAGGAGACCCAUUUAAAGAAGCAGAUCCAUUCAAGGCUUCAUCAGAAGAUUUUUUUAAGAAGACUACAAAGAUGGAUCAUUUUUCCACAACAGAUCCUUUUUGUAAAAGUGCCACUUUACCCUCCAAGCAAACAAGUCACUUUGCAGGAAGUGACCCAUUUUCUACCAACCACCAGAAACCCAGAGGAUCAGAUCUAUUCUCAACACUGGACCCCUUUGGAAGUAGUACGUUCAACAGCGCCACAAACAGCUGCACUGGCUUUGCAGACUUCAGCCACAUGUCAAAAGCCAGAGACCCUUUUGAAGGAAGGGCCAACUGGCUUCCAGAUUAUCAGAAGGUGUGGAGGAUUAAAAUGAGGACCGGCCAAGAGAGAAAGAAGUCCCCGUUUGACCAAAGAGAAAGAAGCAGAUGAAAUAUUCCCCAAGAAAAUUAGAUAAGUAAAUUUUGUUACUAUUUUCUCCAGGUGAAGAGGGGUGUGAGGAGACAUGCAAGUAGGGAAGCAGUAAUCAACAUCCACCAGAUAAGUUUGUCAUGAUUUGUGGUUGUGGUGGUGAGGAAGGACACAGGUAGGCCCAAGUAGACAUGAUGAAAAAAUAUGAUUUAAUAAUAAAUCCAAGAAACAGUCCAACAAAGCAGCACGAGGGAAAAGACAGAACUGACUUCUGACAUGAGACACGACAAGGACCCGACAAGAGACAAAGACAACAGGUGGGUUUAAAUACACAAGGAGGGUAAUCAGGGAACGAGAAACACCUGGGAACAAUCAGGACAGGACGGCACAGAGACUCACAGUGGAACAGAACUAAAUAAGCACAGAAAAACUU